AUGGACGUGCCCUUUGUCGCCGCGGCCGGGAAUCAUGCCUUGAAGGAGGGCCGCCACAACAUCGACGUGGUGCCGCAGGUCCUUGAAGGGACCAAUCUACCUAUUAUCAAUGCAGGUAAUGCGGAUGCCAAUGGUAUCAUAAUGCCAGGGUCGCAAAGAGGCGACCACCUUUGGCUUUAUGCCACCGGCAAGGAUAUAUCGUGCUACUCGAAAGACGGCUCAAUACUAGAGAAGGAAAGUGGCACAUCUUUUUCCACGCCCCUGGUCGCCGGAGAGAUAGCCAACCUCCUCUCACGCCGCGAAGUCCCCUUCGACACAAGCGAUGGGAAGCUCGUCAACAGCCUUCGAGAGUACCUGCGGUCCAACAAGGGCAGUUGGGAGCGCACGGCGCCAGAUGGCACAAAGGCCCGCAUGUUGUGGAACGGGGCCACAGAAAAAUAUAUACAGAAGGCCAAGGCAGCAUGA